AGCUAAUUAGGACCCCAAAAAUUAGAGAGAGAGAGACAGAGAAUGCAAGGCUCCAAAGAGGAUGAUUCCGCCAGAGGCGGCGGCGAACGGCGGCAGGCGGCGGCACCGGUGAAUAGAUUGGCCGUAAAGUUGCCCUUAGAAAAUAUCAGAAUUGACUGAAUUGUUUGUGAAGAGAGGGUUGCCUUCUCCGCCACUUCCACUACCACCCAUAUGCAGCUCAAAAGACAUGCUUCUACACUCAGAGACCAGAACAAUUUAUCGAUGGAUUUCAGUUCUGAGCUAAUAUUGUGUUUAAUGGAUUUCAGAUUCAACCUACGAAUAUCCUGCCACCUGCGUCGUCCCCACGCCACUCGGCCAACUAUAUAGACUUGAGUCCUAACCAGCUGCCUUGAGAUCGCUACUUCCAUGGGGACCGAAGAAGACUCUUCUUCUUCUUCUUCUUCUUCUUCUACUUCCUCUUCAUCAGAUGAAUGGAAUUAUGAUGUCUUCUUGAGUUUCAGAGGUGAGGAUACGCGUAAGAACUUCACCGAAUAUCUCUACACGGCUUUGGUCAAGAAAGGCAUUCACACAUUCAGAGACGACAAAGAGCUCCAGAGAGGCGAGGAGAUCUCCCCAGCGCUGCUGAAAGCAAUCGAAGAGUCAAGGAUUUGUAUCAUCAUUUUCUCCAAGAACUAUGCUUCUUCCAGAUGGUGUCUCGAUGAACUCUGCAAAAUUCUCGAGUGCCGCGGCAAGAAGAGAAAGAUUGGCCGGACAAUUGUCAUGCCCGUUUUCUAUGACAUCGAUCCGUCGGAUGUUCGAAAACAGACUGGGAGCUUCGCCGAGGCAUUUGCGAGCCACGAAAAGCGUUUUGAGUUCAAUACAGAGAUGAUGGAGAAGGUGAAGAGGUGGAGAUCGGCUCUCACUGAAGCGGCCAACUUGUCCGGUUGGGAUCUCCGAUAUCUUGCUAAAGGGCACGAAGCCAAGUUUGUCCAUAAAAUUGUUGAAGAGGUUUUCACUAAACUGAUUCAAAUGCAAAUGAAGGUUGCCACCCACUUAGUUGGAUUGGAUUCCCGUGUAGAAAAAAUGACUUCUUUGUUAAGUGUUGGAUCACACGAUGUUCGUUUUGUGGGGAUCUGGGGUAUGGGUGGAAUAGGUAAGACAACAAUAGCAAAAGCCAUCUACAGCCUAAUCUUUCACAGGUUUGAAGGUUGCAGUUUCCUUCAUGAUAUCAGAGACAUUUCAGAAGAGCCCAACGGUUUAGUUCGACUGCAGGAGCAACUUCUUUCUGAUAUCCUAAUGGUUUCAAAGGAAAAUAUAAGGAUAAGUACUCUCGAUAGAGGAGUCAAUUUGAUCAAAGAAAAGCUCAGCUGUAAAAGGGUUCUCGUUGUUCUUGAUAAUGUGGAUCAAUUAAACCAAUUGGAUGCACUAGCAAGAGCACGCGAUUGGUUUGGUAUGGGAAGUAGAGUCAUUAUAACAACUAGAGACGAGCAUUUAUUAAAUGAGCUUCGAGUGGACACUGUAUAUAAGGUUAGAAAGUUGGACAAGGAGGAAUCUCUUGAACUUUUUAGCUGGCAUACCUUUAGAAAAGAUCACCCUAUAAGUGAAUAUGAGGAGCUCGCCAGAAACAUAGUGUCUUGCCUUGGGGGCCUUCCAUUAGCUCUUCAGGUUUUAGGCUCUUUCUUGGGUGAAUAUAGAAGCAUACCUGAGUGGAGAAGUGCAUUGGAGAAGUUAAAGAGAAUACCUAAUAAAGACAUUCAGAAGCAACUUAGACUAAGCUUUGAUGCAUUAGAUGAAAAUGAGAAGGACAUAUUUCUUGAUAUUGCUUGUUUCUUUAUUAGAAUUGAGAAAGAAGAUGUAGUUACAGUACUUGACAGUUGUGGAUUCUUCUCAGAGAUUGGAAUUAGUGUUCUGGCCCGUAGGUCUCUCCUAAUAAUUGAUGAAAAAAAUGAACUGAGAAUGCAUGAUCUAGUUCGAGACAUGGGGAGGGAAAUUGUUCGUGAAGAAGCACCAAAGGAGCCUGAAGAACGUAGUAGAUUGUGGUAUCACGAGGAUGCCUUCCAAGUAUUAACAAAGCACACGGGAACAAGAAAAGUUGAAGGUCUUGCCUUGAACUUCCCAAAAUGGGAAGAGACACAUGUAGGUGCUAAAGCAUUUGCAAAGAUGCACAACCUAAGGCUGUUGAAGGUCAAUUAUGUAAACAUUGAAGGAGGAUUUGAAUAUCUUCCCAAGGAGUUGAGAUGGCUAUACUGGUUUGGAUUCCCUUUGAGAUCUAUACCAAUGGAGUUCAAUCUACAAAACCUUGUUGUCCUUGACAUGCAAUAUAGCAGAAUAAAAAAAGUUUGGACAGAAACCAAGUUGCUUGAAAAGUUGAAAGUUCUUAACCUCAGUCAUUCACAUGACUUGAUCAGAACUCCUAACUUCUCAGGAAUUCCCAACCUUGAGAGAUUGAUUCUUGAAGAUUGUUUAAAUUUAGUUGAGGUCCAUGAUUCCAUUGGAGCUCUUGACAGAUUGAUUUACUUGAAUCUGAAAGACUGCAGUAAACUUAGAAGUCUUCCAAGUAGCAUUUGUAAGUUGAGAUCUCUUGAGAACCUUAUUCUGUCAGGCUGCUCAAGAUCUGUACAGUCACCACCAAAAUCAUGGCAUUCAUUCUUCUUCUGGCCUUGGGGUUCACUUAGUAAACAUUCUAAUUCCACCAAACUACUACCAGCUUCUUUAUCUGGUUUGUGCUCCUUAAAAACACUGAAUCUCCGUAACUGCAAUCUAUCAGAAGGAUCAAUUCCAAAUGACAUUGGGAACUUAUCCUCACUGCUAUUGUUGGAUCUGAGCAAAAAUAACUUUUCUAGCCUACCAGCCAGCAUCAAUUGCCUUUUUAAACUCAAGGUCCUUUUCUUACAAAAUUGCAAGAGGCUUCAAUCAUUACCUGAGCUGCCAUCAAGUUUAAGGGUCUUCAAUGCUGAUGAUUGCACAUCAUUGGAAAGAUUGUCGAAUAUGGGGAACCUAUCCUCACUGGAAGGGUUAAGUCUAAGUAGAACUAAUAUCCACACCCUACCAGUUGACAUCAGUCACCUUUCUCAACUUCAGGAGCUUUGGUUAAGAAAUUGCACAAGGAUUCAAUCUCUACUAUUCCUUCCAUCAGCUUUGAAGAGCUUGUAUGUGGAUGGUUGCACAUCUUUGGAGACAUUGUCAAAUCUAUCACAUUUGCAGAACAUCUCCGUCUUGACUCUUGCUAAUUGCAACAAGCUAGUUGAGAUCCAGUGGCUGUCUUCACACAGUGGUAUAUUCGAUAUCUUUCUCCCUGGAAGUGAUGUUCCUGAGUGGUUCAGCAAUCAAAAUAUCGGGUCUUCAAUUUAUCUUGAGGUGCCUGCACUUUCGGAUUGUAGGCUUCAAGAGUUUCUUGUAUUGGCUGUUUAUACAGGUGACAGAGCUACCAAUGAGAAUGUUUUUGGUCCUCGCAUUAAAAUCAUUAAUGAAACCAGUGGUCUUAAAUGGAGUUAUGAGUCAACAAUUUAUUUCGUUUCAACUACCUCCCAAGAUCAAGUGUGGAUGUGUAGGAUUCCAAGAACUGUGUUUGAGAAUGUGUUUGAAGUUGGUGAUCGGUUGAUUGUCAAAGUAAAAAUAGGGAUUCCACUUUGGGUGAAGAAGUGUGGAGUUCAUCUAGUGUAUAACACAGAUCAUGAAGAGGAUUCCCAGUUAAAAGACCAAAGAAUGGUGCAGUACACCUGGAAAAAGAGACAUAAUGACUACGAUGCUAGAUCUAACUGUGACAGCAAAAGGUUGAGACUGACCUGAUUCAAGUGCAUCCAGAUUAAAAACAGAGGACUGGUACAGCCACCAAAGCCCAUGGAUUGUUUCAUUUUGGAAUCUGAUUUGCAAUUACUUGGCUGCACUGUAAGGCGCAAUUGUGGUUUUAAGGAGAAUGACCAAAAUGGCACAACUCAGCCUAUUUAAGUCUACAAUUUCUCAUUUUGUUGUCAAUUUUCCAGUACUAGUUAUGCAACACUACUGCACUUCGGGUUUGGAAAACACAGAACAAUAAGUUCCAUUCUCCCUUCUCAUUAUUAUUUUUAUAACAAUCUUAAAACUGCAUUUGUGGA